AUGUCAGUCACGACUCUUGUUGAAAUUCCGACCCUUUUCCAAUCACGUAAGUCCGGCGAGCUUCGCCUUUAAAGCUGAAAAUCCUAGGAAAAUGUAAAGCGUCUAAAAACAUUUAUUUUUGCAGUGAAAGUGGCCAAAAAGGUGCUGGAUCGUGUGAGCAUCUGGAACGGAGACAUCACAAAGCUAGAAGUCGAUGCGAUUGUCAACGCGGCCAACAGCAGUCUCAGAGGAGGUGAUUGUUUAGAAAAAAUGCACCUUCUGAUUGUUUUCAGGCGGUGGCGUGGACGGGGCGAUCCACAGGGCUGCCGGACGGGAGAAACUGCAAGAGGAAUGCCAGCGGUUCGGCUCGUGCAUGGUCGGUGACUCCGUGCUCACUUCUGGCUGCAACAUGAAACACAUCAAAAGUCAGUUUUCGUAAAAUCACGGUUUCAAUUUCCUUUUUUUGCAGACAUCAUCCACACGGUCGGACCGCAAGUGUACGGCCACGUAAAGGACAGCGACCGCGAGGAUCUGCUCUCUUGCUACGGAACGGCCACGCACAUGGCCUUGGGUCUGGCCCACACCACUUUGGUCCGCUUUUUCAGUGCUGAUCUCGCCUCGAAACUCCGUCUUUUUGCAGGCCUUUUGCUGCAUUUCGACCGGAGUCUACGGUUAUCCAAACGACGACGCCGCCAAGACCGUCACCAAGUUCGUGACCGAUUUUCUCGAGACGGAUGACAUGGUUUGUACUCAAAUCACCGUUUUCAAUCGAAUUAUUAGAGUUUUUCAGAUGGAGCGCAUCGUUCUAGUCACGUUCCUCAAAGUCGACAACGAUCUGUACCACAAAUACUUUGCCGAGUACGCCGAGUCGCAGAGCAGAAAGGUCGAGAAGAGAAAGUCGCAGGAGGAAGAGGUCGAAGAAAACGACGAGGGAACGGAGGAGUCGUCGAAGAAGGCGAAAAUCACGGAGUGA